AUUCAACAACAGCAAUAUUAUUUAAUUAAGUCCAAAAAAAAUCUGCCUCAGUAACAGGCUUAAACACGUCCAUAUUUGUGGGAAAUCCAGAUGCUGGUAGAGCGUUCCACAUCCUACUUGCUGUAGGAUUGCGGGAAGAGAGACGGAGUCUGGUGUUCGACUGUGGUCCGAUCCCGGCGUAUGAGUGGCCCCUCCCACUCGAUCAGUUCCUGUAGGCAAUACUCCACUCAGCUGGACAGAUGGUUGCAGAGAGUGAUGAUGGUAGAACAGAUACAGUGAAGCGAUGCUUGUUUGUUUCUCCUGUGCUUCAGUGGGAAGAUGCCUGGCUUACAGGAGUCAUCAGUGUUUAAAAGGUGGAGAGAUUUCCUCUUCAUGCCGCGGGUCCUGCUCCGCUCGUACUGGGGAAGUUCAGCUCGACUCUACUCUGUGACACGGCGAGUGUAGGCCACGUAAAGGGUGAUGUGAGCUUGUAAGGGAAGGAGAUUUCUUGUAUGACCCAAGAGGUAUCUCCUCCUCACCGAGCCCAUGGCCGGGUGAUGGUGAGCAGGGUUGCGCUCUGCACAGGGAAUUCUCAAUUAAUUAAUUACAGAAAAUAAAGCAGCUGAAUGAGGAGAAGGAUGAACAGUGACAGCUGUUACACAUUCAGACUUUAACAUUCAUCCAGUUCCUUGAUGUGUGAGGGAGGGAGACGGGGAGGUGUGUGUGUGUGUGCACGCAGCUCCUGCUCCUGCUCCGGUCUCUGACUCGUGGCCGUGAUCUUGCAGGACUGCGCAGAGAACCAGAAGAAGAAAAGGCGGAGCUCUGGAGAUUCGGAGUUUUUCCGUGCGAUAUUUUUCUGACACUCUGAACCCUGUUUGUUCCACGGAGGUGACGGUUCUCCUCGUACCCUCACUCUUCUACAGGCAGGCAGAGAAAAACUCAGCAGUGAGAUAUUGUCUGUGAGGACGAGCUCGCCUUUCAGACACUUCACACUGACACACUGCUCGCUCUCUGCACUCAGAUUCACACUAAAACUCUAAACUCUGUUUCUUUUCUCUGUGCAGGGUAAAGUGCUGAUGUGUAACAUGCUGUUUGCUCUUCAGUCUCCUCUCCAGCUGGAUCUUCAGACUUGAACACUGGAAAAACUCCACGUUAAAGAAAUAUCGUAAAUGAAGGUUGUACAGCUUCUAACCCUAGUACUGAAAACCUCAGGAUCAUUUUUGCCUGUAUUUUAACAAUAACUUCUCUUAAGGCGACUCAUUUUAGAUUUUUCAGAUCACGGAUCCGCUGACGGCAGUUAAAUACUACCGCUAGAAAAAUAAAAAGUCUGUGUGUAUUUUUAUUUUAAACGCCGAAACAUACAAAAAGAAAUGUAAAAAAAAAAAAAUAGUCACAUUUUUCUUGUAACAGCACAGUAUCCCUGGUACUAGGUCAUAUUUCUUUAAGUAAAAAGUAUUAGAAUCGCAAAUACAAACGACAGUGUGUGUUGUAUAUAUCCACUUCAGCCGAGUCCGAAAACGAAACUAUUUACGACAUUUGGAUAUUCACUUGAAUGUUUUUAUGGUAUUUACGACCGCUUUACGACAGUGUCAACCUCGUGCUGACCAUGGCAACGCUGACAGCGUGGAUUCCGAGCUAUCGCCUCAACUGUAUGCUGUAAAAUGUGGCGAAAGAUCCAGUGGUGUUUGACCUUUGCCUUCCUGCUGAUGGUGGCUUUGGCUGACCACCAGGAGAGCCAUGAUGGAGAACAUUCAGCAGCUCACCAUCUCCGCCAUGGCGUGAAUGAACCCCCCUCCCGUGACAAUGGAGAAGGCAAGAUAUGCAGCAAAAUCUUAUCUAAGAAUGCUGACUUCGCCUUCACCCUGUACAAUAAACUCUCCAGCCACACAGGUGCCAAAGGCAAGAACAUCUUCUUCUCUCCACUGAGCAUCUCCUUGGCUCUGUCCCUGCUGGCUCUGGGUGCCAAGGGUGAGACCCACUCACAAAUCUUCAGCACUCUGGGCUACAGUUCCUUCACAGAGGAUCAGGUCAAUGAAGCCUAUGAGCACCUGCUGAACACACUGGACCAAAGCAACGAGGCUGCGCUGCUGGAGAUAGGUGGUGGUCUGGCUGUCCGAAAAGGCUUCAAACCUCUCGACAAGUUUCUAAAAGAUCUUCAGCGCUUCUACAAUGGAGAAGCCUUCAGUGUGGACUUUUCCAAACCUGAAGUUGCUGUCCAAGAGGUCAACAAGUUCAUUGCCAAGAAGACCAAUGACACCAUCACUGACAUACUCAAGAGCCUGGACCAAGAUACCAUCCUGGUGCUCAUCAACUACAUUUAUUUCAGAGGUAAAUGGGAGAAGCCCUUUGAUGUAGAGCGCACACACAAAGCCGACUUCCACGUGGAUGAGAACACCAAGGUGACUGUGGACAUGAUGCAGAGGACUGGACGCUAUGACUUCUACUAUGAUUGGACUAACUUCACCUCUGUCAUCAAACUGCCCUACAAAGGCAACACCUCCAUAUUGAUCGUUCUGCCUGAUGAGGGAAAACUGGAGGAGGUGGAGAAACACCUCAGCAAGGAAAGCCUCAAGUACUGGCAAGACAAACUCUUCAGAAGCUCUGUAGACCUUUCCUUGCCCAAGUUCUCCAUUUCUGCCUCCUCUUCCCUUGAGAACACUUUGAAGGAACUGGGCAUCAUUGAUGCAUUCUCUGACCAUGCAGACUUCUCAGGGAUAAGUGUGGAGACCAAGCUGAAGGCUACUAAGGUUGUCCACCAGGCAGUCCUCAAGGUUGAUGAGAGAGGAACUGAAGCGGCUGGUGCCACCACUAUAGAGAUCCUGCCCAUGUCACUGCCAGGCAUCUUGAACCUCAACAGACCCUUCCUGGUCUUUAUUGUGGACGAAAGCACCAAGAGCCUCCUCUUCGUGGGCAAGAUCAGCAACCCUACUGAACAAUAAGUUAGAUCCCAUCCAAUCUAGAAAAUGCUAUGGCUGAAGAGCAAGUAUUUAGCAGUUAGUACUUUCAUUCCAGGACUGGAUUUAAAGAAAUGCACUACAGUUCCAUUCAGGCCCCAUAUGAUCACUGUACAAACAAAACGUGAUGAAGAAAAGGAGGAUUUUAUUUAAACCUGCACGUUGCCUCUCUCUCGAUGUUUCUGAUCAACACGACACUGAUUUAAAAAAAAAAAAACUUGCGAGUAUGAAUUGCAAUAAACAUUUACAAAUAAAA